ACCCCAGUCAAAGCACAAACAUCUGAUGGCUGAAAGGACUUCUGUUCUUUUAAAAUAAUAAAAAGCUUCUGACUUCCCACCCACAGCCAACCUGAUAUCAGAGAGCCAAGAGGCACCUCAGAUUCUUCAACAUUCCUUUAAUGAGAUAAGGAACUCCUAAUGGUAAACUCAACAGCUGAGUAGCAGGAAGAUGGUGCAACAGGAGGUAGAGAAUCAAGCAGGGAGGUCAAAGCAUGGAGACCACACACCCACCUGGGAUGGGGUUUAAAAGGGCCGGGAGGGAAGAGGGUUGUCAGACUCAGUGGCUUGGCCUUCCCGGCGGCUCUGAACGUCCUGUGCAUCCUCAGCUCACCAUAACUUCCUCCUACAUCAGCUCAUCCCACUGCCUGGGCUGCACCAACACUCCUGGAGCAAGAAACAUCUGUGUCUCCUUCAUUGACAUUAGAGACUAGCCUGGGGCAGAGGUCAACAAUGCCCCCCUAUGUCUCUCAGCCACUCUAGCACACGCCAACUGAAUCCCAGUGGGAACAACCCCUCUGGGCUGACCCAGCCUCUGUCUGCCCACAGCUGCAAUGCCACCUGCCCCUUGCUGGGGACCUGCCACAUUCCUGGCAACAUCGGAAUCUGCAGGACCUAUGGUGAAGGCUCCCUUAACAGCCAUGAGAAGGAGACCAUGCAGUUCCCGAAUGACCGGCCGGCCAGCUACCUGGAGAAAGUGCGCCACCUGGAGCGGGACAACGUGGAGCUGGAGACCCAGAUCCAAGAGUCAAGCGAAUGCCAUGAGGCCACCGCGUGUCUGGACUAUCAGAGCCACUUCUGCACUAUCGAGGAGCUGCAGCAGAAAAUACUAUGCGUCAAAUCUGAGAACAGCAAGCUGGUCGUGCAAAUAGACAAUGCCAAGCUGACUGCUGAUGACAAUAGGACCAAGUACCAGACGGAGCUUGCUCUGCCAGCUGGGGAGGGGGCCGACGUCUGUGGGCUGCACAGGGCGCUGGACGACCUCACACUCGCCAAGGCCGACCUGGGGGCCCAGCUGGAGUCCCUGAAGGAGGAGCUGCUCUGCCUCAAGAAGAACCACGAGCAGGGAGUCCACGCUCUGAAGUGUCAGCUGGGGGACCAGCUCCGGACUGAGCUGGACGUGGUGCCCGCUGUGGACCUGGGCGGGGUGCUGGAGGAGAUGCGGUGCCCGUACGAGGCCCUGGAGGUAGAGCUGCAGGCUCAGCUCAUGCUGAACUGGCUGUGUGGAUCCGGGGCCCGCUUCGGCACUGAGCUGGCCCAGAUGCAGUGCCUCAUCAGCGAUGUGGAGGCUCAGCUGUCGGAGAUCCGGACUGACCUGGAGCGGCAGAGCCAGGAGUACCAGGUGCUACUGGACGUCAAGGCCUGGCUGGAGGGUGAGAUCGCCACAUGUUGGAACCUUCUGGAGACUGAGGACUGUAAACUCCCCUGCACCAUGUGCGCGACCCUAGCCUCCAGCACCUGUGCGGCCCCUGCAGCCUGUACCCACUGCUCUCCCUGCCUUUUCAGGCCUUCUCGGGCCUCCUGUGGGCCUUGCUCAUCGCCUUGAUGCUGAAUUACUCCUCAGCCAGAGAUGCCAGAAAAUGGGAGAUGUCUGUAGUCGCUUGGCUUCAACCCCCAGUCCUGCCAUCGGAGGCCUUUCUUCCCCAGCCAGCCUGGGGGAGACUGAAGCCAGGCAGUGCUUCUCUGUUGACGGGCUUUCCAGCCCGGUAGCUCAGCCCUGGCCCCUGGAUUUGUGCUUCCUCUCUCCAGGAUGUCCUGACUGCUCCAUUUUCUCUCUUCCGCUGCCUCCUGAUAUCUCUGAGAUGGGGAGGGCUCCACUGGCAAGUCCUUCAGCAGCCGCCCAGCUUGGAACUUGCAGCCAACAGCCACGUGAACGAGAAGCUCCAUAUUUAGGCAGCCACGGAUGAGAAGAGCAGGUCUUCAGAACCCAGCAUUAGAGCUGACCAAGCAGUGAGUUCCCCAUCACUGGAGGCAUUCAAGGAGGGCCUUUAGAACCACCUGGUGGGGACGUUGAGAAGGUCGCUCAGGCAGCUGAUGGAGCUGGAUAAGAUGGUUGUAGGGGUCUUCUAGCCUCCAAAUUCGAUGACUCCCUUCUUUCUAGGUCUUAUUAAUCAGUGAAACUAUAAGUGGAGCUAACACGCUGACUCCAGCAGCUCGUUCUUGUCUUCUUUCUCUAUUCCGUGAACUCUCUGAAUCAGAAGUAGCUGCUGAGAAAUUUACAAAGUCCAGCUGAUGGUUGUUGAGUCCAGCCCGUCCUGAUGCGGGAGUGACAACAGUCCCAAGUCCCAGGGGUGGAGAGAGCUUAAGCCAGGCCUCGGUUGCUGUACCUCCAACUGCUCUCAAGCCCAGAAUCCUACCUGUUGGCCACCGUCUGUGUAGACAGGACUGAUUUGCUUAAGAGGAAGCUCUUCCAUCAUAGGAAGCUCUGGAAGGUCAGAGGCUGCCUACCCUUUCCUCCCUUCCCUUCCACUGUGCCUCUGCUCUUUUUCCCAAGCGUAAAGGUGUCUGGGUACAGGUGAUGCGUCCCUACGGUACUUACCCAAGAGUAGGUCCCAGUAAGAAAGAGCAAUCUUGAUCAGUCUUAAUUUAGCACCUGGCCCAAACACCGUCACCUCUUCCUUUGUACUUAAACAGCUCCUUUCAUCCAACAAGUUCAAAGCUGUCUAACAAAAUAAAGCCAUUUAUUCUUGCACCACCAUGUUCUUCCCAUGUAAGGAGAGGGAGAGAAGAUGAGUCAUUCGGUGAUGCAGGGAUUCUUCUCGUGACAUGAAAUGAGUCAGUGGGGCCCCAAGAUGAUUGUUUCUUAAGUUCAUAGCCAAUGCCCUGACCGUCAUCUAUAAUUAAAACAUUAGCUUU